GAUACUGGAGCGGGCUCGACCAAUGUGCUCUGCUACACGAAGCCCAUUUCCCCACCUGUGGUGACACCAGGUGGUGACAGUUUGUUGGCAGUCGAGGCAUCUCAACACAUCGGCAGAUAUGUUAAUAUCACGGAAGCUGGUGGUCGGCCUCUGCUGGAACGAGAUGGCACCAGUUCCCCUCGCCCACUUAACUAUGCAGAAGUUGGUGUAGGCUCUGAGCCGGAAAGAGUUCCUAGCAGGUGUUCUUCUGUUGGUCAACGUACUGAUAUUGAAAAUGGUGCAGUGAACUAUACAUUGAUUGAUGCCGAACGAACACAAGCCCUUCAAGCAGCGAAUGGAGAGCGUAGACGUAAUCCUACCGGACAUUGA